GGCUCCGGGGGGAAGAUGGCGGCGUCCUCGCUGGAGCAGAAACUAUCCCGAUUGGAGGCCAAGCUGAAACAGGAGAACAGGGAGGCCCGGCGACGCAUCGACCUCAACUUGGAGAUCAGUCCUGCCCGGGCGCGGCCUAUUAUUGUGAUCACUCUAAGCCCUGCUCCCGCUCCAUCCCAACGUGCAGCGUUGCAGCUUCCCUUAGCCAAUGAUGGCAGCAGCCGCUCCUCCUCUUUGGAGAACUCACCUCAGCAUCACACUCAUCCAUCCCGCCCUCGUAACAUGCUGGGUCUGCCUCAGCCACCCUUCCUCAUGCACAGAAGCAUGGAGAGUAUAGAGAUCGAUCAGAAACUGCAGGAAAUUAUGAAGCAGACGGGUUACUUGACCAUUGGAGGACAGAGAUACCAAGCAGAAAUCAAUGACCUAGAAAACCUGGGCGAGAUUGGCAGUGGAACAUGUGGACAGGUGUGGAAAAUGCGUUUCAAGAAGACUGGGCAUAUCAUAGCAGUGAAGCAAAUGCGUCGUUCUGGUAACAAAGAGGAGAACAAGAGAAUCCUGAUGGACUUGGAUGUAGUGCUGAAGAGCCAUGACUGUCCCUACAUUGUUCAGUGCUUUGGGACUUUCAUUACAAAUACAGAUGUUUUUAUAGCCAUGGAACUAAUGGGAACAUGUGCUGAGAAGCUGAAAAAACGCAUUCAAGGACCUAUCCCUGAGAGGAUCUUGGGAAAGAUGACUGUAGCGAUUGUCAAGGCACUCUACUACCUGAAAGAAAAGCAUGGUGUUAUCCACAGAGACGUGAAACCUUCCAAUAUCUUGUUAGAUGAGAGGGGCCAAAUCAAACUCUGUGACUUCGGUAUCAGUGGAAGACUAGUGGACUCAAAAGCCAAAACUCGGAGUGCUGGUUGUGCAGCCUAUAUGGCGCCUGAAAGAAUAGAUCCCCCUGAUCCCUCAAAACCAGAUUAUGAUAUCCGUGCAGAUGUAUGGAGUCUUGGCAUUUCUCUGGUUGAGCUGGCUACAGGUCAGUUCCCCUACAAGAACUGCAAAACGGACUUUGAGGUCCUCACCAAGGUGUUGCAAGAAGAUCCUCCACUUCUCCCAAACAACAUGGGAUUUUCUGUAGACUUUCAGUCCUUUGUUAAAGAUUGCCUUACUAAAGAUCAUAGGAAGAGACCAAAGUACAACAAGCUACUUGAACACAACUUCAUCAAGCGUUAUGAGACACUGGAAGUCGAUGUGGCAUCCUGGUUCAAAGAUGUCAUGGCGAAGACAGAGUCCCCCCGCACCAGCAGCAUCCUCAGCCAGCACCACCUGCCAUUCUUCACCAGGUAGCCAUGCAGUGUGGCUGUCAUGCCAGAGAAGGUCUCCUUGGCAGUUAGAGCUCGCAGAGAGGGGCAGGAGAGAGUGCCACACCAUAACAGGCACCUACCUGCACCGGAGCAACUCUUCAGCGGCAUGAACUCUUCACUUUGCCUGCUCAGUCACCCUUGUUGGUUUCAUCUUCUCCUUCAGUAUUGCCCAGAAGAGAUGGGGGAAUUGCCUAGUCUGUUUUGAAUGCAGGUGUGUUGCUUCCCCUGUUUGCAUCUCACCACCAGGCAGCCGAAGAAUGCAAGGCUUUGGGCAAGAGGGCCUUUGUAUCUUGAUGAACCGCCUGCCAAGAGGAGUUGCCAGUCCACCAAGUGAGUGUGUGCUCCCUGCUUCUCUGUCCACCAUGACUGGAGGCUCACGGCCACAUAACAGUGACCUUUGCUCAUGCACUGUGAACAGACACAAAACACACAAAAGGAAAAAGAAACAAUAUUUUUUUUACCACUUAUUUAUUAAGUUUGGACUUCUGACGUUGCGGGCUGCCUGCUGCACCCCUUCGCCAAUCCUUGCAUUAUUAUAUGUCCUUUUUUGUUUGUGUUUUUGGAAUUGUAUUUGCUGAGGGGGAGUAGGGUUGGGAGUAGCUGCUGCUUUAGAGUCUGAGCUUAGCUAUUGCUGUUGUAUUGGUUUCAUUUUUUCCUUGGGCAGGGUGGGGAGGGGGGCAGAAAGGGAGAGUUUUGAGGGUUAUUCUCACUCAAGAGUAGCUCAGUUUAAGUGAUUUUUUCCUCUUCAAUUCUUUUUGAUCUCAGGGGUUCCUAUUCCUUUGUUUUGAGCGUGAACAAAGUUAUGUCGAUGACAUUUUAUUUACCAAAGCGUGUGUUUGGUGCUUGGAUAAAUGCUUGUUCAUUUUCUUCCAGUAUUUAAGAAAAGGAGAAGCAAAGCUUAAAGAUAAUCCUGGCAUCAAGAGAGCCAUUUUUUAAAAAAAAAGUUUCAACCCAAAUGUUCCCUUACGGCCGUGUGUUAGGGACUUUUUUUAAACAAAAAUUAGAUGCUAAUACAUUUGCCCCAUCGGACCUCUCAUGGUCUUCCUGUGCCAGAUUCUUAACUGUAGCCGCUGUAUAUUUUCAGUUGAGUAGUCAACGAAUUUGCUGUCAGGAGACUGUGGACUAGAAUCUGCACUGUUCUGCUCAAACUUUUUAGCUUCUCAAAGGUGAGAUCCUGAACAAUCCAAAAUGCUCAGAAGAACAAGGAUAAGAUACCUCCUGCACCAUUCUCUGUUUCAUAAUAGGGCUAUUUUUCUGUUGGUGUUUUUCACAGGUCAGAAGGCAAGAGGGACAAGAUCCAGGUAUUGCUGAGGUGCCUCUUAAAUGGGGACAUUCUGUGGGAGCUGGAGGGUCUGGAUCACUGAUGCAAUGAUCGUUGAUAGAAUUCUUUAGGGGCACCAUCAGCUUUGGGAAUGAGACAGACCGGCUUUGGGGGAAUGAGCCAUAGUUUUCCUCUUGAAUUACUCUUCCAGUAACAGAGUUGCAACUUUUUCAGAUCGCUCAAAAGGCUCACACAAAAGAUCUGUGUAUUAGCCUGCUCGUGAGACAUAAUUCCUGCUUUCUCCUGCUUGCAAAGGUUUUGGGUAGUGUGUCCCAGUCCUCUGGAUAUUGGAAUUAAAGUUGUAAUUCAUGGCACAGAUACUGAGCUUUCAAAUAUUAUGCAGAGGAAGCCAUAUCAGGACACUAGAUGUAAAAAUCAGCUUUACAGAAACACUCCCCUCCCCAAUAUAAAAGUUUAUGAACGUUUGAGGCUGAUGUCAUGCAGUACUUGGAAUGUCCUGAAAAGAAAUAUAGCUGAAGAUAAUGAUAAAUCCAAGGAUGUUUCUUUAACACCUCUCUUGAGUGUUCUGCAUUAGAGCUAACGGGGUAAGAGCAGUUUUAGCAUAAUUCAGGCUUAGGCAUUUGUCCCCAGCCUGAAUUACCAAAGUCAUACGUUUACUGUAGGUCAUAAAGUUACGUGGGGCAGAAGUGAGGCUUUCAUGCAUGGGAAGAUGAAACGAUUUGCCAUGUGAAAAGGAAAGUGCCAUGUAAGGGAAGUGGUUAGCUUGCAUUUUCUAUAAUUUUUUCAUUGUUCAACGGCUGUUAAUAAAAAGAUGCAAUUUUCCAAAGAUCUGAGAACAAGGCUUUUGUUUCUACAAGUUGGAAGUUCUUGAUCCAGAUAGGAGUCUUUGGAUGCAGCAUAAUGUAGAAUGUAUGUGUUGCUAUACUGCCCUCAUAGUGACAUGGCAGCAUUUUUUCAGAUGAUGGACAGCUAUUUCUUCUUCCUUGAGGUUCCGCCAGGCCACUAGAUUGUGCCAGAAAGGAAACAUGGUAGUGCACAUUGGGUGAAGGGGUACCAGAAGUUGGAAAGGAUGAUGAAAAGAAGUGCAGCAUGCUGAGAUGAAGGUUUUUGAUUAAAGAUAUUGAAGCAGGGAAUUUUAAUAGUUUUCUUGGAAGUGAGGUAGUAUGAGUGAAGCCAGGGGAAGUUGUGCAGAGAGUGUAUAAUGCAGUACUGAUCAUGGUACCAAGGAAGGCUUUUGCGAGCUGUUUAACCACCAUUUUAACUUCCUAUAAUGUUGUGAAAACCUCAACAAGGAAGUUUUUGUAUGCACAUCCUCUCUGCUAGCUAUGAUGUUUUCCUAACUUCUCCAGUGUUUUAAGAGAGCAUAGAAAAUUAUGAAUUCUUCCAAAGGCAUUACAUAACAUUAAGAUCUUUAAGGUGAUGUUUAGUGGCCUUUGUCAAGUUUACAGCCCAAAAUGGAAUGUUCAGUAUAGGAACAGAGUUUAGUAAUCUUAAACUCCAGUAUCUGCCCAUGAUACUGGGCAUAUUUUACAUUAGAUGUUUGAAGUUGAAGUGCUGUUUUGUGUUUCACGCCAGCCUAGGAAAUACAAAGAUUUAAGAACUUUAUCUUGAGGCCUCCACAAAAAAUGUACCUUGUUAGAUAUCCUUCUUAUGGAAAGAUACUUGGGUAUGAACAUAUUCCGUUACACUUGUAAUGGUGUUCGGUUUUUCUCAGUGACAGGCUCUUGUUCACCAGCUAGUUUUUGAAUGGUACAAGAAUUGUUAUGUUGAUUUUUGCAAGUUAGUUUGAUGUGUUCAUCUUAGGGGAAGAGAGGUCUGGGUUUGUCUUCUGGAGAUUGUUUUGGCUGGGAAGUUAAACACCUUGGAUAGAGAAUGUUGGGGAAAGUAAAGAGCAGAGAGGUGUUGAAGAGUGAAGGCUAGGGUUCCAAACUCUUACUGAAAAACAGUUUUGCAAGUAGGGAUUGGAAAUGGGCUUUGUGGAGAAGAAAGUGUUGUCAGGAUAAAGUGAAGAGUGCACAAGGAAAGUACUGAAGGUGAGGGGAAGGGUUAAAGGUGAUUAAUUGAAGUGGUCUCCUGGGCAGCAGUUGAAUAGCUUGCUCCUAAUUGCUGGAAGUGCAUCCCUUCUGGCUUGCUGCUUGUGUUUUUUGUUUACCUCACUGUUAAAAAUAUUUCAGCAUAGAUGGCAAGAAAUUGGUAUUACAUGGUAUGACAGCUGGCAUUGCUACUCCUCCAAAAUUGCCAGGGGAUCUUAAUAGCAGAGCUAGGAAAGAGUCUUCCUUCCAGCAGAAAUGAAAUGGCUUGAUGUUCAGAGCAGAAACCCCCUCAAAACAGUGUUAUUAGCUGCUGUUGUAAUGAACUGGUUAAACUCGCAAAGCCCACUGAUGAUUACUAGGAGUUGGCUAGACCAUGGAAGUCGUUACCAAAUAGCUGGUUGUACAGGAAUGUUGUUAGGUAACCUGAUCUAGAAUGUAAAGGAAAGCACAUUUCACUCAUCAUUUAAUUGGCCUCGCAAAUAUGAAAUCUUCCUGUUUAGGGCUUUAGGAUUGUAUCUUCUGAUGUAUGAGAAUGUGUUGGCAUGAGUUUUGCCUCUGCACUCAAAGAGUGCUGGUCUAGGAUUCCAGCAAGUAGAGGACCACCAGCAUCUGUGAGUAAGUGUGCCUUCACUUUAAAACAAUGUUGUCAGCUGAUUUUUAAAAAAUUGAAUAAUGCCUCAGUAGUGCCUGUUGAAUGCUUUUGAUUUAAGAAAUAACCCCAUUACUGAAAAGCUGCUUAAAAGAAACAGCCACACUGAGCGUUCAUUUUCAGUGCUGAAUAAUUAAACCUUCCAUCUGGUAGCUUAUACUGCCCGUUGUUUCGCUUUUAACCCUCUAGCGCUGUAAGUUUCCAGACUUUCGAUGUGCUUCUCCUUUUUAGUAUUGUUGAAUUAAUUAGCCCAAGUACUUGGUAGCAUGGCCUGUGAGAUUUCUGCUAUAUAUUUUAUGAACGGUAACAAGAUGGAGCAGAGCAGAGCCAGAUACCAAGAUGUUUUGCCAGUCACCCAAAUUUAUCAUCCUGUCUUUCCAAGCUGAAUAUUAUUGAGAACAAUUUCAGUUGGGUAGCCAUGUUGGUCUGCAGUAGAACAGCAGGAUUUGAGUCUAGUGGCGCCUUAGAGAUCGACAAGAUUUUCAUGGUAUUAGCUAUCUGAAGAAGGGAACUUUGACUCACAGAAAUUUAUACUCUCAAAAUCUUGUUGGUCUAAGAUGCCACUGGACUCAAAUCCUGCUGUUUUUCUGAGAACAGGAAAUUCACAGGAAUUAGACUAUUUUAAUACAAUGAUAGCGGGACUAAAACAUCUAUUUGAGUAUUAAGUAUCUGUUAGAUAGACUGUAAUGCAGUGGUUUGGUGCCCAGAAAAGAGAAUUUUUGCAUGAAACUUUUGCAAGUGUAAGUGAAUGUUAAAGUUCUGGCCUAGAAAUUUUUAUCUCAGAAUUGACAAUAUGUUUGGUUAUAGAUUUAAGAAAGGAAGAUGGAGAAAAUGGCAAGAGUGUUUCAAAAUAAGUGGGUUAAAUUUACCAAAAAAAGUCUGUUGUAGUUGGAGGUUCGUGACUUGGUUGAUACUGGAGUUUUAAAAAGAAAGCUCUUGGAUUUGUUAGAAGAGAUUAUGCAAGAGAAAUACUCCUUAUGUGUUUGGCAAGAAGAUAAUUUGGCUUCUGCUAUUUGGUUUCUUUUGGGAUUUGAAGCUUCUAAAUACUGCAUGCAAACCAUUCUAAAAAUGUUACCUUCUCAAAGAGUGUAGUUCUCCAUUCCUUUAACUUCAAGAGAAAGCAAGAAUAACCUUAAGAAUAACAAGGAGAUUGUCUCACUUGUAAACCAUUCUUAAAGCAAGAUUAAAAAUUAAAAAUUGCUUUAAAAAGGUGCUGAAGUUCAGUUUGAUAAGGGUUUAAAGGCUUUUUCAAAUGUUCAAAAACACGGGAUGUCUUUUCAAGGGAAAAAUUGAGGAGAAUGCAGUUUUAUUGCAUUUUUAUAAUUAUUUUUUUAAUGUAUUGAUUUAGAACAAAUCUUUGUUUUAAUGUUAUUUUUAAUCUGGGUGGCUAAAUGUUUACAAUCGCCUGCCUGACAUCUGCUCUUAAAGUGUGUGGGGAUACUUGGGGGUGGGUGGGGCACAUGUGUGCAGCGGGUGGUGCCUGCCAUUCAAGUGGGGAUUUUAAAACAAAACUGUAAAAAAAAAACAUGCCAAAGGUAAGGCAGAGACUAGCUGGGUAGAUGGUUAUAUUCUAGGCAUUAGCAUUUCACUAUAUUCUCUAUAUAUCAUAUAUUAUAAAUUUGCAUGUUAAAGUAAAUAGAAGUAACUUUUAUCUUGUAUGAAAAGGGAAUUUACCUUUGGAGUACUUGUAAAUUUGGUCACUUGUCUCGAUUCAGGGUUGCCUGAACACCUUAAGCUUUAGGGGCUGCUUGAUUUGUUUUUGUAUCCUUUUGGGGGGGAGGGGUAGCCAGCAAACUUUUGUUUCGCCUUUUAAUUAAAAAGGGCAUGGUUUGUUCAAAGUUUCCUAGAGAGGUUUAAAAGCAAAGCCAAUUAAACAGCAGCAGCAAAAUUGUCUCGAGUUGCUGCCAGCAUGGAACUAAUAGCCAAUUAGUAUCUUCCCAAAUGCUGUAUCUUCCAUUGCUGCUGGCCUGUCAAAUUGAUGUCUACAUCAUAUACACACUUUGAAGGCUUUGUGCCGCUGACAUCCCCUGGACAAUGCUGUACUCCUAGAAGCAGGCAGAAGGCUUUCAGGUGGCUAGUGGUUUACAUUUGCUUGUUUAACCAACUUCUCCAUUUGUUACUUCCGUGAGAUCAAAGCGAUACUUGUGCAUAUUUAUUUAUUGCCCCCAGAGGAGACUGUGCUUGCGUGUUUGUGUGUGUGUGUGUGUGUGUGUAACUUAUUUUUUUAAACUUUCCCUUAAUUACGGGAAUGUGUUUUUCCAUCAGUUGUAUUUGGUUAGGCUGUUGGAUCAAAAUGGAGGGGUGGAGCAUAGCAAAUAUUUGAUGCCAGACAGAUUUUUUUUUUCACUGUUAUCUAAACAAAUAGCAACACCGGAUGCUUGUCGAAGAGAUCUGCACUGAAUUAUAGUUUGGGUGACUUUCCCGUUGUGCAUGAGAGAUUUCAGAGCCAGGUGCCUCAAGUUCAGUGUCACACUUUCAUGCUGUUCAAAGGGUCCAGAAGAGAGUAAAUGACUAGUACGGGGUACGAGGUUUUGGUUUACUCUUCCAAACACUCCGCUGUGCCCUAGAGUUGACAGGACUGAUGAAAUACUCAUGAGAUGCAUAUUUGAGAUGUGUAUCGGGAGAAGGACCGAGGCUAGGAAUUGGAAGCAUCAGGAUCUGCUCACUGGCCACAUUCUGUUGAAAAACGUUUACUUGAAAAAUCUUGAUUUAAAGUAACGUGGAAUAUUUUUGCUUGCCUUCUGGUUUCAGACUUCGAGUUGAACACCAACACUGUAGUCUUUUGGCACAAACUAUUUAAGAUUUUUUUUUCUAAGGUGGAUGAACUAUUUUAAGUUCUUUCAAACCCCUGAAUCAUGGGGGUUUGUGAGAAUGUAUAGCCUUGUAAGUGAGAGGAAAAUAAUCUGCACGGGGGGGGGGGGGGCAGCAGUUUGAUACGGAACUUUAUUCCCAAGAAGCGUCUUCUAUAGCUUCCAUCAUGUUUGGCGCCUUUCACCCCAAAUCACAGAAGGCAUCUUCUGACACUGGUGUACAACAUAUAGACGUGUUGAGAUGUAGAGGGAGAGGUGAUCUUCACCUUGAGUGAUGGUUCCCAUUAUUUCUGGGAAUGAAUCGUAUUAUUUGGUACAUUUUUAUCCUACCACUCCUCCAGGGAGCACGCGGUGGCGUAUUUCGUUCUCCCUGCCUCCAUCUUAUUCUCACAACAUCCCUGUGCAGUAGUUGGGCUGAGCGAGAGAGUGACUGGUCCAGGGUCAUGCAGCAAGUUCCAGUGCAGAGCAGGGAUUUGAACCUGGGUCUUCCAGAUCUUCAUCUGACCCACUAGCAGCUACUCUAUUCUGAUACUUUGAUUUGUUUUCUUACUCCCAGAACACUGCAGUUUUGGGAGGAUUGCAAGAUCCGGUAAAAUUCUUGGAAAAGGAUUAACCCUAUGAUCACAUCUGAGGAGAGGCACUGUGUCACUUACGCUUCUUGAGGCUGGCUUAUUUUAAUUUUUUUUUAAAAACGUGCAUUUUGUACUAGUGGCUCUAGUGCCCUCCGCUGUAGUUCUAUGUUGGUGCUAAAAACCAAACAAAAAUAUGAUUGAUACAUGUGCCAAAGUACUUCAGUGGUUUGUUUGGAAGAAUACAAUGGUGGGAAACUUAGUAUCUCCCCCCUCCCCCCACCAACACUCAUCUCAUACUCAUCAGGGCCAAUCUGCAUGGUACUUCAUUGCUGUAGUAAACUGCAUUUAUGUAAUGGUUCUCUGUACUCUUCUGUAAUAUUUAGUACAGCAGAUUUAUAUAGAUCCCCCUGAUUGUGUUGGAGAGUUUCCCCACCAACACCAGGUGUCCCUGGAAGAGACAUGGAAACUCCCUGCAAUUCAAGGAUCUGUAUGGCAAGCCAUGGUAGAUGUUAGAGUGGGGUGAGGAGAGUUACUGUAUGUAAGCUUCCUUUUUCAGAGAAAAUAGCAUUGAAGAACACCCAGCAGUAUAAUGAAUAAUGUGGUUUGUCUGAGAAGGGAAAUGUUCUCAUUUGUGGUCUUCAUAUAAUUGAUUUCAAAUUUGGAUAGCAUAUAUUGCCCUAGGCUUGGGAGUAGUUCCUGUAUGUGUGUUUGGUGGUUCAACACAUUGGCUCCUGCCUUUUCCACAAGCCGAGAAACAUGAAAACAAGCAGAUGACCCUUCCAUUUGAUUAAUUGUACUUAGGGCUUUUAACAAUAAUUGAAGAAUAGCGCCUGCUUGACUCUCUCCAAGGAUCUGUGCUAAACACUCCUGUCUGGACUGUGCAGGGUUAACAGCCUUGUAGGGGGAAUCCAGCCACAUUGGAUAGUUCAGUUCAUGCUCCCUUCCUUCCUUCCUUUUAUGGUUUGCUUGAGUCCUCCCUCUGGGGUCUCACUAUCCUUAACUUCAUUGGCCUUACCCCUAUUUCAUUUCUUGAUGUAGGCUAGUCCCCAGAACAAGGGUUUCCCUUUUCUGGGGCCCCACCACCACCAGUAGUCCGAACAGCUUGUUAGAAGUAGCUGUUUACUUCCCAUCAGUGAGGUCAAUUUCAGUGGAACUUUUGGAUUUUAAAACACACCUAAAUAGUAAUAAAAAAACAACAUUCUUGAUUAAUUUUGAAAAGCUUUUUUUUACUCUGUUUGUAAAACCCUCAUAGAAGCUUAAAAAUAAAACUCUUUCCCUAAA